ACUUUUCACUGUUUAUGAUCAUUGUAAUUCUCGUGUUAUUUUUACUUUCACUUUCGUAUUCCUUGUAUACGGUCACCGGAAGGGAGUGCUUGAUAGCUAACGAUAAUCUAGGGCUGUGUUAUUUUGAUCUCACCUUCAAAAUGAUUAAUUAUUAUAUGGCUCUACGUUACUCCGUGGUUGCUGGAGCUGUAGGGUUCUUUGGUGGUAUGCUAUACAGAGAUAAGCGCCCACUUAACAAAUUUGAAGUCUUUGCAGCAAAUCCUGUGCAGCCAGUACUAAUCGAUACUGGUGAACCAAUGGAAAUUGAUCAACCAGAGGAUUUUGUUAGCAAAACAAUGCAGUUUGGCUUUCCUGGUGUAGAUAAUGUAAGAUCAAGAAAAAGCUUUGUCCUUUCAUAUGAUAGGAGAAACAGAGUACCACAUUGGGUGUUUGAACAUCUUACUAAAGAACAUAUAGCUUAUGAUGAAAAUAUUAGUAGAUCAAAAAGUGAAUUUUUUGAAGAUGAAUCCAUUCAUGCAUAUUUUCGAUCUACAAAUUCUGACUAUAAACACAGUGGGUUUGACCGAGGUCAUCUUGCUGCUGCAAGUAACCACCGGAGUAAACAAGAGUAUCUGGAUGAUACGUUUGUCCUGAGCAACAUAGCCCCUCAAGUUGGUAAAGGUUUUAAUCGAGAUGCUUGGAAUCACUUGGAAAAACAUGUGAGGAAACUUGUGAGACAUUAUAAAAAUGUUUAUGUAUGUAGUGGGCCUUUAUAUUUACCUAGAAUGGAACCAGAUGGGAAGAAAUAUGUGAAAUAUCAAGUUAUUGGACCUCAUGAUGUUGCUGUUCCUACUCAUUUUUUUAAAAUUGUUGUUGCGGAAAGAGAAAAUUCCAUGUUUGAUAUGGAAGCUUAUGUCAUGCCAAAUGCUCCCAUUGAUGAUAAAGUUCCUUUAAAAGCUUUUCUAGUUCCUAAAGAUGUUAUUGAAAGAGCAGCUGGUUUACUUCUAUUUGAAAAGUUACCAAACUCUGCACUUAACAGUGUUAAUGGACGCCUUGUUCAUAGUAAAAAUAAAUAAUUAUUAGCAUUGUUUUAUUUUAAGACUGAUUUUUAAUAUGAAUUUUUAAAAUAGAGUAAUAUAUACUCUUUCCAGACUAGAUCUCAUGUAUAAAAAUUAUUUUUGGAUUGUAACAUAUAAAUCCAACAUACAAAAUCACUAGUUGCAAAUAUUAUAAAUUGUAUGGCAUUUUGGUAAAUGUUAUUUAAAAUAUUUUAUUAUAUAUAAUUUUAUUAUUAAAGUAUUCCUUUCAUUAUAUAUGCAUCAUAAUAAAAAAGAAUCAAAGUCUAAUGUGUAGACUUUGUGCUAUACUGAUAUUAUUUGUAAAGGCAACAAAAUUCUUUACACAAAUACAUAUAAAUUUUUAGUGUAUCUUUUAUAUACGUGAUUAAAUAUUGUGCUAAAUUAAAAAAAGAAAAAAAGGCAUUUCUCUGCACUUAUGAGAAAUUUUAUUUUAAAAAUCCAGUAUCAUUUCCAGUGGGUUUUUUUUUAGCAUAGAAGUGUAUGCAAUGGUGGAGUUUCAAAAAGAUAGAUUAGAAAAUUGCUAAGGGCUCUGAAUUGAGAAAUUGCAGACUAGUCUAGAUGUUAUUAGCUUAGAUGCCAAAAUUUGUAAAAUAUGCAAAUUCUAUAUUCUUAAAAAAUUAAAAUGAUUAAAAACUUUAUUAAGUAAAAUUGAUCAUGUUCCUAUCUAUUUCAUCAUAUUUAUUUGAUUAUUGUAAUAUUUACAAAUACUGAAUGUCUGUAUAAAUAAUAGUGUAUUCAAGCAUGGAACCACAUAUUCAUGAAUUAAAAUAAAGAAGUGAAAACAUGUAAAAUGAUCAUAAAAUUAAAAAUAUUUCAAAAUGUUCAAUUAAAUUGACCAGUUUAUUUAAAAUCGGCCUCAUAGUAUGUAUGCUUAGGGCUACAGAAUGUUUAAAUCUACCACUAAGAAUAUAUAUGUUUAAAUUUCUAUAAAUGCAUGUAUUAAAUAAAUUCAUUUCAUAAAGCCACCAAUAAUUUUACCACUUUGUUUUAUUUAUUUUGUAAAUAAAUAAUAUUUUUUUUCAAAGGCCUGUUCUGUACAGGAUUUGAAUUGAAUUCUGAUUAACAGAAUCAAAUCAUUUGCUAUAUUCAAUCAUUUAUAUUUCAGCUUAACUUUUUUACCAUUAAAACCAAUCCUAGCCAUCUUAGCAUUGCUAAUCUAAAUUUCUUUUCUUUUCUAAAGAAUCAGAUGAUUGUUUAUAGAAAUGCAUAAUUAAUUUGUAUAUAUACUGAAUAAACAAGUUCAAUCUGACCUUAACAUGAUAUUUUUUAAAAAGUAACUAAAAUAUAGAAUUAUUAUUUAUUAUUUUUAGUUAUUGUGGUGAGAGUUGUGACCCGUAGUUACACCACUGAGUGUAAAAUAGGUUUAUUCUUUAUUAAAUUAUGUAUCCAGAUUAAAACUUAGUUUCAUGAAAAAUUCAAAUAUUAAUAUUUGAUACAUAGAAGUGUUAAUAUCAUUUUGAAGAACUGUAAAAUCAUCAUUAUUUAUCGAAAUUAUAAAUAAAAAUUUAAAAAGUUUGACCAAGACAUUUAUGUAGCUUUUUCUCUGAUAAACUAUUAAAAAAAACAUGUCAGCACCACAAAAAUUACAUUUGUAUUAUAUUUCCAAUGUUUUUACUCACUUUUUCUUCAGUUAUCUUUUAAUUUUCUUAUCUUUUUUUAUUCUGCAUUAAUUACUUCUACAACAUUUUGAAGAUUUAUAGGAAAUAACCUUACUUUUGCAAAAUUUUAUACUGGUAUGGACAUGGAAUUAUAUUAACUAAUUUCUCAUGAUGUUUUUCAAUAAAACUUUCAUUGAUGAAAAAGUUGAAAAAAAUAUUUCUACAUUAGAGAUUUAUAGUAAUUUUCUUAAAACAGAAUCACAUUUUUCAAAUGAUUAUAAAACAUAAAUAGAAAUGAAAACACAUAUGUGAAAAACAUAUUUUUCUCUAGUCUAGUAUUUUUGAAUCUAGAUUUGUUUAAUAAAUUCAGCUGUAGACUUUUAUUUCUUGCAUUUUUAACAGAAUUUAAAUAAUUUUAUGAUUAAAAAUGUGUAAUUUAUUUAUACCAAGUCCAAAGUCAAAAUUUGAAACUAGUGAAUUUGUUAUUUAUAUGCUGUGUUACUUAAAAUAAUUAUUAAUUUGCUAAUUUUAAUUUUUUACAUCAUUUAAUAUAAGGAAUAAUCAAUGAAGUAGUUUUUCUUCAUUUGCUGUAAAUAUUUUAUUUAUUUCACCAUUGAAACUUUAUUUAAAUGUGCCUUAAACUUCUAGAAUUUGUAUUAAAACACAAACAAAGGGAGAAGCUCAAUUUUAAUUUAUGUAUAGUUAAGUGAAUACUAUCAUGGACUGUGCCAAUGACUAGUCAUAUUGAAAGCAUGAGUUUUUCUGUACGAGUUGUAAUUUUAUAGAAAAGGCUUUCUUACCCUUGUGAUCAUGUUAAAAAUUAAAAAGGAAAAAUGUUAAGAUCAUUUUGUAUCUCUGCUUUUAAAAUAAAAUUUUAUGAUUGAACCUGA